AUGGCUGAGGAAAAGCCCAAGGAAGAAGUCACGACUGAGAACAACAAUCAUAUUCAUUUGAAGGUGGCGGGGCAGGAUGGUUCUCUGGUGUACUUUAAGAUUAAGAGGCAUACACUACUUAGUAAACUGAUGAAAGCCUACUGUGAACGACAGGGUCUGUCCAUGACGCAGGUCAGGUUCCGAUUUGACGGGCACCCGAUCAAGGAAACAGACACGCCGGCGCUGCUGGAGAUGCAGGAUGAAGAUAUAAUUGAUGUGUUCCAGCAGCAGACAGGAGGCGUCUACUAG